AUGCAGCAUCAGCACCAGCACCAGCACCAGCAAAGCAGCGACACGCAGAGCACGAUUCAAAUCCUGCAGACAUUUCUCUACAGCCGGCUCGAUCAGCAACACAAACUGCUGAGUCUGUCAGGGAUGUACUCUGAUCCGUAUCUGCUGCAGAACGGGCUGCUCGCGAACGACAACCUGCGAGCAAAGAUGUUUACGGCGCUGAUGAAGAUCGCGGCGAAUUCGGAAAUGAAGGACGUCGAGAGCGUGGAUCUGUCGCGCAACAGCCUGCGCGAGCUCACGCCCGUGACCACGCUCGCGCAGACGUACCCCCGGCUCAAGAACCUGUCGCUGGCCGAGAACGCGAUCGACCAAUGGCGGCAUCUGGAUAUUUGGCGGCAAAAAUUUCGCGAGCUGAACGAGCUCGUGCUGCUGGGGAACCCGAUCACGAGUCUGCCAAACUACCGCGCUGAAGUGAUUAGACGGUUCCCGUCGCUGAAGAUGCUCGACGGCGAGACCGUCGGUCCGAAUCCGUUCCAGGCGAAUAUCACAAAGCUGCCUAUUGCGACGCGGCCGGGGUUUUUCGAAAACGAGCAGAUCCAGAGCAUUACCAUGGACUUCCUCGGAAAAUUUCUGCAGGUAUAUGAUAGCGACCGGACGCAGCUGCUACCGCUGUACGACAGCAUGUCGAUGUUUUCGAUAUCGCUCAACACGGGCGUGCCGCGGGAGAUGGGGGUGGCGGCCGGCGGGAAGGGUGGCGGGCACUACAACACAUUUCAAGGCUCGAGCCAGAACUGGAGCUCGUACAUCCCGCUGUCGCGUAACCUGGUGCGGAUCCACGUGAGCCAGCGGCGGGAGGCGCGGCUGGCGGUUGGGCAGGAGCAGAUCAUGGGCCUGCUGCGGAGCUUGCCGGCGACGCGGCAUGACCUGUCGUCGCCGGAGAAGUUCUCGAUAGACGCGUGGACUAUGCGCGGGUUGCGGACGGCGGAGGAUGCCGGGAUCAUGCUGAUUGUGCACGGGGAGUUUGAGGAGCCGAGCCCGCAGCAGACGCAGCCAAACCGGGCGCCGCGACAGGGGCAGCAGCAGCAGCAGCAGCAGCAAGGGCUGAAGCGGAGUUUUGACAGGGCGAUGACGCUGCUGCCGGUUGCAGCUACGGGGGAGAUCUUGGUUGUGUCGGACACGCUGACGGUGCGGUCGUGGGCCGGGUCGCGGGCAUGGGGCGGGAGCGCGUGA